UCAGACCAAAUCACACGCAGACACACUGCAGACACAAGAGGAGCAUCGGCAAUCACACACACACACACACACCCUUCCCGCACCAGGACAGCAUCUGACGCACACACACAUAUCACCUGUGACUACCAGAGGACUACGUCUUAAGCAAACAUCACAAGAACACCUCCUAAUAAGGACCGAGAGAGGCAAUGACGAAUCCCAUCAUCACGCUUUCACUUCUCGUGAUCCUUGUCGCUUGCUCCGAACAGGCUCGUCCUCAAAGACGCUCAUACAGGCCUCUACACUCAGAUAAGUGUGUAACUGGCAAUGGGGAGGACUACAGGGGCCGAGCCCACAGCACCUUCAGGGGGAGGGAGUGCUCCGACUGGAACAGCGUGGUCAACAUCUACGCAUCCCGAUACUACGGCACCGGAGUGGGCGCACACAACUACUGCAGGAACCCUAAUGGCGGCAAGGCUCCUUGGUGUUAUGUGUAUUCAUCACAGCGCUAUUUGAAGGAAUACUGCUCCAUCCCAAUAUGCAAGCCUCCCAAGCCUACAACCACUACUGUUAAAACUACAACCACAACCACCCCGACCACCACAACCACAACCACAACCACAACCACAACACCAAAACCUGCUCAAAGAGACACUGAGUUCACGUGUGGCGAGAGAACGACGGCCGGUGGCGAUGGGCGGCUGUUUAAGAUCGUGGGCGGUGCUUACACGGCAGUCUCAUCCCACCCGUGGAUCGCGGCAGUGUACAUGCGCUCCAGGCGCUCCGGGGACUACGACUUCAAAUGCGGAGGCACGCUCAUCGCCCCCUGCUGGGUGCUAUCGGCUGCGCACUGCUUCAAAGACGGGGAACGUACCCUCAGGCCCUCUAAGAUCCGCGUGUACCUGGGUAAGAGUGCCACCAAGAGGACGGACGUGGAACUGGAGCAGAGUUUCAGAGUGACGCAGGUCAUAGUGCACGAGGACUACAUCGGGCAGAAACCCGAGGGGGAACAAGACUACAACAAUGACAUAGCGCUGCUGAGGAUCGAGGGUGAGGGAGGGGAGUGUGCUCUGCGUACGGAGACAGUGCGGACGGCGUGCCUGGCCCCCGCACACACCAUGCUGCCCCCCGGAUCAACCUGCACCGUCGCCGGAUACGGAAAAGACCAUCCACAUACGGCGUUCUUCACCAACAUUCUGAAGGAAGGCCAGGUGAUACUGAGGACCCCUGAGCAGUGCAGAGCUGAGGCCACAGUCAGCCGCAUGACCGACAACAUGUUCUGCGCUGCUAGCCACGACUGGAAGACAGACGCCUGCCAGGGCGACUCCGGUGGUCCGUUGGUGUGUGACGUUCAGGGCCGCAUGUUCCUCUUCGGUGUGGUGAGCUUUGGGGACAAGUGUGCUGAGGAGGGCAAGCCAGGGUACUACACCCGCGUCACCAACUACAACAAGUGGAUCGCCAAGAACACAGGCCUCCCCUCAUACACACAGGGCUCCAUGUACCCACAGAAGUGAUAAAGAUGGACACACAUGUACUGUCCGUAUACAGUAUGCAAUCACAGCUUGUGUGCACACACACACACACACACACACGCACACGCGCACACACACACACACACACACACGCACACGCGCACACACAAGCACACACAUUUCAUUCAGGCAUUGCCUUAGAGACCUAUGGUAGGUUGGGCAGCCAUGUAUUUGAGGUCCUCGGGACCACAGAGCCAUAGACGUGUAUAUAUACAUGAUCUGAAGAUACAUGUCUAUACACAGAGCUCUAUCUUAAGCAGCCGGCGCACUGCUGCUAGUAGUCACUGGCCCUUGUGCACUUACAGCUCUCUGCCACCAGAUGGCGGUAGCGAGCCAGUACUCAGUUCUGUCUUCAGAGACUAGUACUAGAUGUAUUUACUAGUGUUUGGCCAGUAUUGUAGAAGAGUAUUGAACAAAUGUAUUUAUUUAUUUUUUUAAACAUGAGUAAAGCUAUAUGUAUAUUUUGGAAGGAAAAAAAGUGUUUAGAUAUUUUCUAUAUUUUAUAAUUUUGUAUUUGCGUAAGUAAAACAGGCUGGACCGUUGUUAACUGAUUGUUAUAAUAAUGUUUGUGUG